AGCUCCCGUGUUCACAUCGGACCACGAACAAUGUAACGUACUUCCGGUGCUUGUUUGGCUGGCAAUUUGAAAUGUGUACAAUGUAAAAUCGUGUUGUUUUCGUAGAUUUAAUGGCAAUCUUAUUAAAUGACACGUUCCAAAUCACUACUGCAACAGUCCUAUAGUGACAUAUACCAGUUUAACGCCACUUUCUAGUCUCUAUACUAUGUUGAAAAGGAUGGCUGAAUUUGGACCAGAUUCCGGGGGUAGAGUGAAGGGUGUUACGAUCGUCAAACCCAUCGUAUUCGGAAACGUUGCUCGGUAUUUUGGAAAGAAGCGAGAGGAGGAUGGACACACUCACCAAUGGUCUGUGUACGUGAAACCAUACAGAAACGAGGAUAUGUCUGCAUAUGUGAAGAAAAUACAGUUCAAGCUACAUGAAAGUUAUGUGAAUCCACUCAGAGUCGUGACGAAGCCUCCGUACGAGAUCACAGAGACGGGCUGGGGAGAGUUUGAGAUCAUCAUCAAGAUAUUUUUCAUCGACCCCAAUGAGAGGCCGGUGACUCUCUACCACCUACUGAAGCUCUUCCAGUCUGACUCCAGUGCCAUGCCCAAGAAGACAGUGGUCUCUGAAUUCUAUGAUGAAAUGAUCUUCCAGGACCCCACAGCCAUGAUGCAACAGCUCCUUAGCACCUCUAGACAACUGACCCUGGGGGCCUAUAAGCACGAGACUGAGUUUGCGGAGCUGGAGCUGCGGACGCGGGAGAAGCUGGAAGCAGCGAAGAAGAAGACCAGUCAGGAGAUCACAGACCUGAAGGAUAGACUGAAGGCCAGCAGAGAGACCAUCAACUUCCUGAAGGGAGAGAUACGCAAGCUGGAGGAGGAGGACCAGAUCAAAGACCACUGAUACACACACACACUGGGUGAAUCUCAAUUGUAUUAUCUUGAUUCCUCAUACCUUCUCUCCUUGCAUCCUUCUCAAAACUCAUUGGAACACAAGAUAUGAGGUUCCUUGUCUUGGAUCUUCUCUUCCUAUGUGUUUUGAGAAGGAGAUGAGAGAGGACGCAAUGAAUCAUGGAUAUACAAUUGAGACACACCCUAAAUUCCAAAUCAACCUAUAGGCCAUCUUCCCGAGGCACCCCUGUAGAUCUGAAGGGUUUGGAUAGGUGGAUGCAAUAUGGUGCUUGUGACUCACCUUGUCUUCUGAUUUCUGAUAGGCUGGAUGGAGUUUACGCCUUCCACCUAUCCAACCCCUUCAGAGCAAAGGGAGGUGCCAGGGAGGAGGGGCUAGGGAUGGAUUUGGAAAUUGCCCUAGUCUGGAAUCCACACAGAAUAUCACUCCAUUUUACGAUUGUUUAAUUCCAUAAUAUAAUAUCUGUCAUUUCUCAGAUGCUUUCUGAGUGACUUAGUCAUGCUUGUGUAUGACUCCAAAGUGACUUAGUCAUGUGUGUGUAUGACUCCACAGUGACUUAGUCAUGCGUGCGUAUAUAUUCGUCGUACGGGUGGGUCCCUGGAAUGGACUCCACUAUCCUGGCCGUACUGUCACCAUGCUCAUCCUGCCAGUACUGUCACCAUGCUCAUCCUGCCAGUACUGUCACCAUGCUCAUCCUGCCAGUACUGUCACCAUGCUCAUCCUGCCAGUACUGUCACCAUGCUCAUCCUGGCCGUACUGUCACCAUGCUCAUCCUGCCAGUACUGUCACCAUGCUCAUCCUGGCCGUACUGUCACCAUGCUCAUCCUGCCAGUACUGUCACCAUGCUCAUCCUGCCAGUACUGUCACCAUGCUCAUCCUGCCAGUACUGUCACCAUGCCAG